ACCUUUCUGAACGAAGAGCUGGGCGGAUAUAGCAACACUAAAUCCACGAUGGGCAUGCCCGGACGGGGAAAGACUGGUGUUCACCUCAACACUGACCAAUGGAAAAAGGACAUCGACCGCCAGGUCCACUCCUGGAUGAAGACCAAACCGGUUCACGAAAAUCAACGUGUUUCGCCCCGUCAAAUGAUGUCGCCCACCUUUGAUGGGACACGAAAAAGGCGUCAAAAACGCCAUCGUUUGCGAGAUGCAGAGGAAAACAUGGAAACUACGGAGUCGGUAACUGGAGGGAGUGAGUCGUUAGUGUCUGUGAGCACGGAUUAUACUAAACAGUCCAGUACGGACACGAAAACAUCACAGACUUCCAUGUUGUCAAAGACAAACUCACACACCAAAGACAGGAAAUUCAGCCGAUCGUCUGACGAUCUGCUUGAAACUCCAGAAAGACAUGGAAAACAACAUGCUUAUAAUGAAAUAGAAUACCAAAAACGAUAUCGUAGGAUUUAUGACUUGAAAAAACAUCUUCAUUUUGUGAAUUCUACUUGUCUGUCAGGACAGAAUAUUCUUAAGAAGAACCAACGUCUUCCCCCAAUGAACGGUUUAACAAAAGAGGAAGUGGACCUCACCGCGCCUGAUUUGCUAGCAAUCACGUCUGUUCAAAAACACAACGAGCCGGAAUCCGUGGUCCGGUAUCCACCCCCGACUCUAGUUACGACCACACAACUCACCACGCAUAUCUCGCCCACGAAGGACUUUGAGGACUAUCAACAAUACAGUAAUAUUAUCAACCAUAAAAAUCAAAGUGCGAACACACCGGAAACGACCCAAUGGCAGCAUACGAACCGGAAACCAGAACUCAAUGUGUAUGACAAACUACCUAGAAUCACUGGCAAGGGCCAAAAGCGUCCUGGUGCCGAACAGCAACUGACAAUUUCAGAUUACCGUGUAUUACGGGAAAAUGAGAUUCGGAAUAGAAGGAAUAAAAGAAACGGUUCAAAUUUUCCUGGUUACCGUAAGCAUAGUGUAAUCGAGGAGGCAGACUCAACGUGCAAUACCCACAGAACGGAUUACGAGGGUGGGGCUGAGGCGUCAGAGGAGGGGGAGAUUCCGGGGUUCCAUGGCCAUGAAGCGGAGCCAGACACUGACGAAAAAGCCAGGGAGGAGGAAGAUGAGAACGAGGAAGAUCAGACGACGGAUCAGUACGAACAGACGCCGGGGAUGAAAAUCCGUAUACAUAUCAAGUAUAAACGCGACCUUGAUGACGCGAGAGAGGACAGUACAGAUACUGAGGACACCAUGAACACUGCGUCACCGAGUCAUCGAGGGGAAGGCCGCUUACCGCUCAAACAUAGGACGCACAAUAAAAAGAAAAGUGUUAGACAGGUUUCCGAGUGAAUGCGACUUUUCGAGUGACCUUCAAAAUGGUGGUCGGAAUGCAUACACGUGCGUUGUGCUAUGCAUGUCGUUCUCCUUACAAUACUAGUUUUCUCUCAUUUGUUUCAAAUAUUGUAUUUGUUAAUCAAAUCAGAUGACUGUGCUGUACGAAUUAACAAAAUGUAUAUGAAGCGGUUCAAAAGUUCAUCUGUGAUAUCCAGAAAUGAGAUUUUGAAAAGGUUGGUAGACCUCAAUAAAAUGCGGAAAAGCCGUGACCCGAGGGGAGACAUCCUCGAUAUCCAGGGGUUACGCUCAUGUCAUAGCGAAAUUGAAGGCUCGGUGUGC